AUGGAAGACUAUGGAGACGAUCUUUUGAAUGAUCUUGCAUCAUCAGAAGACGAAACAGAAACAGAAACUCAUAAACUGAAUGAAAUUGUCAAUACUGGUGUUCUUGGUUUCUCAUCUCGAGUAUUACCCUUAGUACCACUGUUACUAAAGCAAGUGAAAUAUUACACUAAUGAAGAGGAAAUGGACUAUUUAGAGUUGAUUGAUGAUGGUACUGAAAACAAGGAGUACAAAUUCAUUCUGCAUAUUAAUGAGGUUUCCCAUAAUAUACGUGAAGAAGUUGAAGAACUAGAUUCAAUCAUUAAAUCCCAAUAUAAAGUUGUAUUUCCUGAAUUAGAAACACUUAUAAAGAAUCCCGUUGAUUACGUGAGAAUUGUCAAGUUAAUUCAAGGCAAUUUAAAUAACAUUAAGGAUUUUGAAGUUCAGUUACAGACCAUUCUACCCAAUGAGAAAGUAUUGUUAGUAUUGAUGGCAGCAUUACAACAGGAAAGGAAGAAUGAAGAAUUGGAUGAUACGAUUCCAAAUGUUAAUUGGCAAGAAAUAUCAGUAUUAUGUAAUAAUUUACUUGAAUUGGAAGAUCUUAUAGCACAGUUGAAUAAUUUCAUAUCUGUUAAACUUCUGAAAUUUGCACCAAAUGUUACUGAACUUAUUGGACCAAUUGCUACUUCGCAACUUUUACUAGCUGUGGGAUCAUUAAAACAAUUGGCGCAAACACCUUCAUGUAACAUCCCAUCUUUGGGAAUGAAGGAGAUGUCAUCCUCUACAACUUCAAAUAAUGUCACCCACAAUACCAAAAGAAACACAGGGUACCUUUACCAUACACCAUUAGUUCAAUAUCUUCCUAAUGAUGUGGUGAAACAAGCUAUGCGUAUAUUGAGCGGUAAGAUUGUACUUGCAGCUCGUAUUGACCUUGCAAAGGGAUCUUCUGAUGGUACAAUUGGAAGAAAGUAUUCCAUAGACGUUCAAUCCAAAUUAGAAAAACUAUUAACUCCACCAGAAAAUGUUGGUGAUAAAGCGCUCCCCAUACCUAUAGAUAAAAAGUCCAAAAAGAGAGGAGGAAAGCGAUUCAGAAAAAUGAAGGAGAGAAUGGGAAUGAGUGAGCUUCGGAAGGCUCAAAAUAAAAUGGCUUUUGGUAAACAAGAAGAUACUAUUAUGGAUAGUUUUGGUGAAGAAAUUGGGUUAGGUAUGAGCAAAGGUGUUAAAGGUAUCAAUACAAAUACAGGUGCUGUAAUGUCUAAAGGACUUGCUAAUCGACUCAAAAAACUGGAACUAUUGGGGAAAUCAGCUAAUGAUUUGGAUCUUUCAUUUAAGGAAUCACAAUUGGUUAAUGGAAUAUCGAGAAAGAGAAAGAAUGAUGGACAAGCACACAACGUAAAACCUAAGAAAUUAAAGAAUACAGAAAAGUAA